CGGUUUCACUACGGCCAUGCCGGCCUCGCUCCUUCCAGAGUACACUUCAUACCCCCACAACGCAUCGUCUUGGUGGGCCGCCAACGGCGCCGGCAUCGUGCGCAUCGCCUCUGAGUGCCUCAUUAUGCGAUUGGAAGCUUCCAAUAUGGGCGUCUUGGGUGGUGCCGUGUUUCUCAACCUCACGCUCAUCCACGCCAAAUGCUGCGCCGAAGCAAACCCAGCCGUUAUCACACAGUCGGCAAUGGGGGCUAACCCCUACACCGGGACAGGGGCAGCCGAGUCCAAGGCAACCUGUACCUCGACCGCCCAACUGACCCCUACCAACGCCAUCCCCCAGCUCCGGUGGUGAGCUCCCAGUCGUGUCAAACAUGAUGCCUCCUGUGCUCGCCAUCCUCCUUGCGGUUGCCAGUAGCACCCCCGCAAACUGUCA